AUGAGAUGCUCGCUCCACACGCUCCUCCUCCUCAGCCUGUCAUCAACAACCCUCGCCGCCACAAACCUCUUCUCGCGUAAGCCUCCCGCACGCCUCCUCGCCCAACUAUCGCCAUCCUCGCCCUUCCACGACGCCUCGUCCCACUUCCAAGACGCCUCCUCCAACUUCCAAGAUGCCUCCUCCCACUUCCAAGACGCCUCCGCCGUCGUCAUCGCCGCCCAAUGCCGUCCCGGCGAGAUAGUCUGCAACGACGGCUGCAUGCCCUCCGUGGGAGUGUGCUGCACCGACGGCGGCGGGGGGUUCUGCAAGCAGGGCUUCUCUUGCGUCGCGGACGGGUGCUGCCCCAUUGGACAUGUCUGCGGCGAUGAAAUCACUUGCGAUCUUGGCGAGGUGCCGUGUGGCGAGAAGAAAUGCAUGCCGAAGGACGGGGUGUGCUGUCCGAGCGGGUCGUAUUGUCAGGCUGGUGAGGAGUGCUUUCAGAAUGGGUUUGACCAUUAUUGUCAGCGUGUUGGUGGGAGUGGCGAUCCGAGUGAUGGCGGUGGAAGCAAAACUACUGGAGGAACCAUUGGUAUCGCCGAGACGUCAAGUUCUUGGAGUCAGAGCACGAGCUUGUCCAAGACGACCCAAGGAGAAGCUCCCGCUUCAACAUCGGCCGAGACUCAAGGAGAGGCUCCAGCCUCAACAUCAGCUGAGACACAGGCAGAGGAAGCGACAUCCACAUCGACAUCACCGCCGAGUUCCUCUUCCACACCGAUCAACCACCCCAUAGUCACUCCAUUUCUUCCGAACCCAUCAACCACGUCGACAACGACGACUGAGGUCAUCUCGUCAUCAACAACUGCAGCAACCGCAGCGACCACGACAAGUGGCGGAUCUCCAGCAGUCGUGAAGAUGUCGGGAGUGACAUUGGCAUUGGUUUUUGUAUCCACCAUCAUGUUGGUUCUCUGA